CCGUUGCGUCACUCACGCUCUCGGCACGCCGUGCAGAGGCCAACUCAGUUUCCGCCGGCGGGUAUACGGUGUUUUCCAACAACACCAUUUUUGAUUCCAGUGGAGCCGCUGUGACGACCACCAAGAACGGGGAUGGGUCUCAAAGUGUUGGAGGCUACACUCUCUACACUAAUGGCACUUUUGCUGGUCCUGACGGCCCAGUCUAUGGUCUGCGCUCCGACCGUGGACUCCUUAUUGGCAGCACUGUUGUCUACACGAAUGGGACCUACGCCGAUGCCAGUGGGAAGCCGGUUCAACCUGUUCCUAACUCGGACGGCUCUGGGGCGACUGCUGGAGACCUGACUGUAUUUACGAAUGGAACCAUGGUUUCUUCCAAGGGCGUGAUAGUGCACACUACUGAUAUGACCUCUAAGACCUCCGGCAAAGCUGCUUCCGCCUCUUCGAUUAAGCUCG